GCAUGACUUGCCACCGCCGCUCCCAGCCUCCUGCGCCACUUUGCAACUUCGCCUCCCGGGGUUUUUUUGGGGGUUCGGCCGAGCGCUGUUGCACAACCCCAAAACCCGCCACUCGCCACUCCAGUUUUGCGCAGACUGAGCCCGACGCCAUGGCUGCUUUGGAGGUUUCCCCGGAGUGCGAGGCAAAGGUGAACUCCUUCAAGAAGGAGCUGUGUGCCCAGGCUGAAGAACUUGUUGCCAGACGUUUCCCAGAAAAGAUAGUGGAGCUCAGUAAUUUUCUCAAGUCUCCCGAACUGAAUGUCUCGGACCUGCUUUUGCUCCGCGUCGAGUUAGACAUCCCCAUCCCUGACCCCAAGAAGGACGAGGAGCGCCGCAAGCAGCGGGAGAAAGAAGAGAAGGAUUCCAAAAAGGAAGAAAAGGACUCAAAAAAAUCGGAGGACGAGGAUAAAGCGCCCCCCUGCGGUCCGGUUUGCCACAACGAGAAGAUCACCGCCCUGCUGAACCGCGUGAAGCCUGAAAUCCAGGGCACAAAGGAGAAGCUGAACGUGAUCUCGCUGUGGCUACAACUCCUGGUGCCGCGCAUUGAGGACGGCAAUAAUUUUGGGGUUGCGGUCCAGGAAAAAGUGUAUGAACUGCUGACCUCUGCUCGGACGAAGCUGGAAACUUUCCAGACCCAGAUUGCCAAGUAUUACUCUGAACGGGGCGACGCAGUGUCAAAGGCAGCCAAGAGUCCACACGUGGGCGACUACCGCCAGCUCGUGCACGAAAUUGACGAGACGGAGUAUGCCGAAAUCCGAUACAUGAUCAACGAACUUAGAAACAUCUACGCUGUGGUCUACGACAUCACCCUGAAGAACUUCGAGAAGAUUAAGAAGCCUCGCGAUGACAACAAAGGAAUGAUCUACUAAGCCAACUCACUCAGGCUGGAAGAAGAAAAAAACAACUCCUUUCACCAAGAACAGCCUUGAUUUCACACAAACUGUUCUGGGUUUGUUGUUGUUUUUUUAAAUGCUCUAAAUGCUAUCCAGUUAACUGGAACUUCCUGCCAACCAGUUUCAUCCACUUUCAAAAUAAAGAGGUUUUUAAAUUUGA